AUGCUUUACCAUGAAAAACAAGUCGCGGCGUUGUGCGGUGUACACUGCCUCAACACCUUGCUACAAGGUCCUUAUUUCAAUGAAAUAGAUUUAGCCCAGAUAGCUCAAGGGCUAGAUGAGCUGGAGCGUGCCCUUGUUGGGGACGGCGCGCUGGGCGAGGGGUCGGGCAAUGUGGCCAUGGAUGGCAUGUUCUCUAUACAGGUUCUUAGCCGUGCAUUGGAGUCAUGGGGCUUGCAGGUGGUCUCCCUGGAGUCGGAGGAGGCCCGGCAGUACAAGGCAGCUCCAACCACCGCAACCGCUUUCAUCUGCAACUUGCAUGAGCACUGGUUCACUCUUCGGCGAGUGGCAGGAGAGGAGUGGUGGAACUUCAACUCGCUGUGGGUUAGGCAGCGCAGGGCAGGGCAGGGCAGGGCCGGGAGUGAGAUAAUAGCGGCUGCGACCGCCUGUUUUUGGCCUCUGUCCAUCUUUUACCUGCAAGCCUUCCUGGACACUCUGCGAGAAGAGGGCUGGACGAUUUUUGUGCCGGGCUCCCUGGACCAGCUGCCCAACACCACAGGAAGAUGGUGGAUCGCAGAGGAGCCUACCAGGGCUACAACAUCCAUAUAUGACUUAGAUUACACUGUGGGCCGCGAGAGCCGGGGGCCGAAGCCGAAACACAGCGCAAGGGUCGGGAGCACACAGCACAAGUCGGCCAGAGCCGCCAAUGAUGAAGCUGAGCGGGCUCGCAAGCGGGGCCGGCUGGCAAAUGCGUUGGAGGGGGCCUUUGCACAGGCGGAGAGGCAGGGAGGGCAGUUGCAGCUGAGAAGCCGAGUGGGAGGGCCGGCAGGCAGCCGUGGUGACGGCGCCGAUGGCGGCAUCGACGACGAUGACGAUGACGAAGACCUGGCGGCGGCGAUCGCCGCGAGCCUUCAAUCAAGCCAUCACACGUCGCAUGCGGCGGCGGCACAGCAGCAGCAGCAGCAGCAGGAACGACAGCGGCUUCAAGGUGUGUCCCACGCCCCUCCUGCCGGCGGCGGUGACGGCGGCGGCCGCGAUGUGUACGGUGAGAUGUACGACGAUGAAUACGAUGACGAUCCGGAGCUGGCUGCGGCAAUCGCGGCGAGCUUGGCUGAGUCAUCAGGGCUCUCACCGCCGGCUCAGGCGAGUGAGGUGCCGCCCGGAGUUGCUGCCGCUGCGGCUGGAAGAGGAGCCCAUCAGCAACAGCAACAAGGUGGAGAGGUCGCGGAGGAGGGGGAGGAGGACGUGUUGGGUCCUGAACCGGAGGCUGAGGGGGAGGCCGUCAUCGAGUUGGCUUUUAGUCGCCGCUUCUCCCUGACCAGCCCCUCCGCCGCCUUGUUCGCUUAUACGGGACCCCUACUGGGGCUACAGCCUGCGCGAGUGGCGCUGUCGACAGCCUUCCCGAAAAAGGAUUUGGAGCGCAGCCGUACCAUCACCCUGGGUGACCUAGGUCUCACACAUCGAACCAUGCUGGUGGCAGAACCCAAAAAAUAA